ACCGAGGAGUCCAGGCCGCAGCCUCCUCUCCGGGGACCCGGGGGCUUCUCAGACAUGGACAAAAGUGAGGAGUUUCGGAAGCUAGCGGGUCGUGCCCUCGGGAAGCUGCACCGCCUGCUGGAGAAGCGGCAGGAAGGUGCGGAGACGCUAGAGCUAAGUGCUGACGGGCGCCCCGUGACGACGCAGACCCGGGACCCGCCGGUUGUGGACUGCACCUGCUUCGGCCUCCCUCGCCGGUACAUUAUCGCCAUCAUGAGUGGUCUGGGCUUCUGCAUCAGCUUUGGCAUCCGCUGCAACCUGGGCGUGGCCAUCGUCUCCAUGGUCAACAACAGCACGACCCACCGCGGGGGCCACGUGGAAGUGCCCCGCCCCUUCCGAACGCUGACGGAGCAGCCCCGCCCAUCUCCACCUCCUGGAGACAUUCACUGGGGCGAGGAAAAAGCCCAGUUCACCUGGGAUCCAGAGACUGUCGGCCUCAUACACGGCUCCUUUUUCUGGGGCUACAUAGUCACUCAGAUUCCUGGAGGAUUCAUCUGCCAAAAAUUCGCAGCCAACAGGGUUUUCGGGUUUGCUAUUGUGGCUACAUCCACUUUAAACAUGCUGAUCCCCUCGGCUGCUCGCAUCCACUAUGGCUGUGUCAUCUUCGUGAGGAUCCUGCAGGGGUUGGUAGAGGGGGUCACAUACCCCGCCUGCCACGGGAUCUGGAGCAAAUGGGCCCCACCUUUGGAACGGAGUCGCCUGGCGACGACAGCCUUUUGCGGUUCCUAUGCUGGGGCGGUGGUCGCGAUGCCCCUCGCCGGGGUCCUGGUGCAGUACUCGGGAUGGAGCUCAGUUUUCUACGUCUACGGCAGCUUCGGGAUCUUCUGGUACCUGUUCUGGCUGCUGGUCUCCUACGAGUCCCCGGCGCUGCACCCCAGCAUCUCGGAGGAGGAGCGCAAGUACAUCGAGGACGCCAUCGGCGAGAGUGCCAAACUCAUGAACCCCGUCACGAAGUUUAACACACCCUGGCGGCGCUUCUUCACGUCCAUGCCGGUCUACGCCAUCAUCGUGCGGCGUCCGCCGACACUCGGGGAACCGGCCCUCCUAGGCUUUGGCAUGGAAGCCACGCUGCUGCUGGUGGUCGGCUACUCGCACUCCAAGGGCGUGGCCAUCUCCUUCCUGGUCCUAGCCGUGGGCUUCAGCGGCUUCGCCAUCUCUGGGUUCAACGUGAACCACCUGGACAUCGCUCCCCGCUACGCCAGCAUCCUCAUGGGCAUCUCCAACGGCGUGGGCACGUUGUCGGGCAUGGUGUGUCCCAUCAUCGUGGGCGCCAUGACUAAGCACAAGACUCGGGAGGAGUGGCAGUACGUGUUCCUAAUUGCGUCCCUGGUGCACUACGGAGGCGUCAUCUUCUACGGGGUCUUCGCUUCCGGAGAGAAGCAGCCGUGGGCAGAGCCUGAGGAAAUGAGCGAAGAGAAGUGUGGCUUUGUCGGCCAUGACCAGCUGGCGGGCAGUGAUGAAAGCGACAUGGAGGAUGAGGCUGAGCCCCCCGGGGCACCCCCUGCGCCUCCUCCCUCCUAUGGGGCCACGCACAGCACAGUUCAGCCCCCGAGACCCCCACCCCCUGUCCGGGACUACUGACCGUGUGCCUCCCACUGAAUGGCAGUUUCCAGGACCUCCGCUCCACACGUCUCUGGCCUGAGCGACAGUGUCAAGGAGCUCCGGCUCCUCUCUGUCCUACCUCAGGCCCAGCGAGUACUCUCCCUCGUUCCCAGUUGCUGUCAAAUCCUCUUUCCUUCCCAAUUGCCUUUCAGGGGUAGUGGAGCUGCAGACUGGCAGUUUCAAGGAUACCCACAGAUUCCCUUACAGGUUCCCUUCUUCACUCGUUCUGCCUCAGUGGUUUCAAAUCUCUCCUUUCAGGGCUUUGUUUGAAUGGACCGUUCGACCUCUUACUCUCUCUUGUGGUUUUGAGGCACCCCCCCCCUCCUUUCCUUUAUCCCCAGGGGCUCUCAGGCUAACCCCUGAGAUUCCUCAGCCCCUCUCCCCUUUCAGAAAAGUUCAUGGUUUCAAAUCCUCCCCAUCUAGUCUGCAUUUCCCAGGUUGGUUUAACCAGCCACUCAUCCCCGCCAUUCCAGGGAUUGAUUCUCACCAGCGUUUCGGAGGGAAAAUGGCGGUUUCAAGUCCCCCCCUUCCCAACUAACCUCUUCCCUUCCGGCAAAUUCUGCUGAACAAUUCCCCAAGGCCUCCCUAGCUUAGCAGAACGUCUAGGGAAAUAACCAAAAUGGCAGUUUUAACAAGAUGCCUCUCUCCACCCCCAUGCACUUUUUCUGACAUGGUUUUCAGGUUUAAAUAGUGGAUGCUCAAGUCCAUUAACUCAAUGAUUUGAAGCCACCACCAUUGAACUUCCCCAUGGUGGUUUCAAGAUGCGCCCUUCCCCCCAAUUCCUUGCACUUUAUUCUCCUGGGUAGUUUCAAACUACCCUCAGUUUCUCAGUGGCCAUUUGUUGUGUCCCUCAGGGGCUAAAUGACUCAAAAUCUGGGAUCCUUCCCCUCUCAGACACCCCUCUUUCAGCUUAGAAUUUGGGGGAUAUAUAUAGGAGAAGUCACAGAAUCCCAAAAAAGGGAACGGGGCUGGGGGAGAGCGGUGUUUUUUUCCCGGGGCAGGGUUGUGUCUUUGUGUCUCUGUCUCUGUGACUGUAAAUCCUGCCCUGCCCCACUCCCAAUAAAAUGCUUUGGUGUACAGA